AAAAAAAAAUCAAAAACAAUCCAUGCAAGCAGCCAUCUUGAGUACAGUUGUGCACUUGGAGAGGAGAUGAGAAUUAUAUGACCGGGAAAAACGUCAAUAUUAGACAAACUACAUCUAAAGGAUUCAUUUUAAUUCUCUCGUUCGUUGUUUUCUUGUAUGCCACACUUCCCGUUCGCACGAGUGAACAUUGAUUGAAUCGAUAUCGACCAAGCCAGCUGCUAACGUAUCGGGCUAGCUUCACGGGUUUCGUAUUUGCCUUCAGCAGUGUAGCUCGACUGCAAUCCUUUCUCGAUUGACAUAUCUAAAAUACGAAAUAUGGUUUCUGUGAUUCAAGAUUCGGAUUUUGAAGACAGCUAGAGACAAUAUUGCGUUAUUUGCAUGUUGUGGACAAACAACGUUUUGAAUACACACAGCCUUCGGUAGAAUGCCUGGUCAAUGUUUUCUCCGGCGUCAACUUUCCUUUGGAUGUGAUUUUGGGAAAGGUGUACUGUUUGCAAGAGUGAAACUUGGAUUCGUGGCACCAGGAUUUACUCGAAAUAAAGGAUUUGACAUUUGACCGAAAAUGGGACCAGCGACGAAACUGGCAUUCGGCGUCUUUCUGAUCUCAUGUUCUUCAGGGGCGAUCCUGGGUCGGACCGAAACACAGGAGUGUGUCCACUAUAACUACAACCCCAACCCUGCUGCCAUCCAGGAGAACCGAGGGAACCGCAGUGGCAUCGAGACGUGUGCCGGGGAGAAGGACAAGCGGAGACACUGUUUCGCCACCUGGAGGAACGUGUCGGGAAUCGUAGAUAUCGUAAAGCAGGGCUGUUGGCUGGAUGAUCACAACUGUUAUGACAGUACUGAAUGUGUGGAGAAGAAAGAGAGCCCAGACGUGUUCUUCUGCUGCUGUGAAGGAAACAUGUGUAAUGACAAGUUUGUCUACACUCCCGACAACACACAAGCUGUUCAGACAACAUCGAACCCGGUUACCCAGAAGCCUCCUGUCUUCACCACUCUGAUGUACUCACUGGUGCCCAUCAUAGGCAUCACUGCCAUCAUCCUCUUCUCGUUCUGGAUGUACCGCCAUCACAAGCUGGCAUACCCGCUAGUCCUGGUGCCCACACAGGACCCGGGGCCCAUGCCUCCCUCCCCCAUCCUGGGACAGAAGCCUCUGCAGUUAAUUGAGAUCAAAGCCAGGGGGCGCUUCGGCUGUGUGUGGAAGGCUCAGUUGCUCAACGAUUACGUGGCUGUCAAAAUAUUCCCCAUUCAGGACAAGCAGUCAUGGCAGAACGAGUAUGAGAUCUACAACCUGAGCGGGAUGAGGCAUGAGAACCUGCUCCACUUCCUGGGAGCAGAGAAGAGGGGUAACAACAUGGACAUAGAGCUGUGGCUGAUCACAGCCUACCACGAGAAGGGCUCGUUGACAGACUAUCUGAAGGCCAACGUGUUGUCGUGGAGCGAGCUGUGCCACAUAGCCCAGACCACGGCUCGAGGCCUGGCCUACCUCCAUGAAGACAUCCCUGGUCUGAAGGACGGACACAAGCCAGCCAUCGCCCACAGGGACAUCAAGAGUAAGAAUAUCCUUCUGAAGUCCAACCUGACGGCCUGCAUCGCUGACUUUGGCCUGGCCCAGAGGUUUGAGGCUGGGAAAUCUGCUGGGGACACGCACGGACAGGUGGGCACCCGGAGGUACAUGGCCCCUGAGGUGCUGGAGGGGGCCAUCAACUUCCAGCGGGACUCGUUCCUGAGGAUAGACAUGUAUGCCCUGGGACUGGUGCUGUGGGAACUGGCCGCACGCUGCAAGGCUGCUGAUGGCCCAGUGGAUGAGUACAUGCUGCCGUUUGAGGAGGAGAUUGGCCAGCACCCAUCUCUGGAAGACAUGCAGGAUGUUGUAGUCCACAAAAAGCUGAGGCCCAUGCUCAGGGAGUGCUGGCAGAAACACACUGGCCUGACCAUGCUGUGUGAGACCAUCGAGGAGUGCUGGGACCACGAGGCGGAAGCGCGCUUGUCGGCAGGGUGCGUGGAGGAGCGCAUGGUGCAGAUGCAGCGUCUCAACAACGUCACCGCACCCGAGGAGAUCGUCACAGUCGUCACCAUGGUGACCAACGUGGACUACCCCCCCAAAGAAUCCAGCCUAUGACUAGGUGUAUGAACAGGAGAACAGAUCCCAAAGAGACUCGCCUCCCUAAGCAGAAGGUCAGGACUCUUUCCAACGUUCGUCGCUAACUCUGGGACUGUACCCAAAGAGGCGCCAAAAUCAUUUAGUGGACCUGGGUUCAUGGAGAAUGAUCCAGUUUUAACCUGGUUCCUAUUGCAUUUAGCUACAUGUGUACCUAAAGACUUGCUCAUGCCCAGGUCUUUUAAAAGGGGAGGGCAUGAUGGGGGAGGGGGGACAAUCAAUCAUCUAGACCCUCACUGAACAAAUAUUUUUGUCCAGCACCUUGACAAUGGACAAAGUCAUUUUAAAGUUGACCUUCUGGUUGAUAUUACCAUUUUUUUGUAAACUUAAAGGAAAAUGUACUUCCUGGACUGACUUCAGUUUUUUUUUUUAAGAAAAGGCGGAACAGGAGAGAAGAAGAAUCGAGACACACAGUUAACUUCAUUUCAGUAUAAAAAAAAAAGGGCAACUUGGUUUUUAAACACAUUUGCUGUUUGUGUUUCUCCGAAUGACUACUGUAAUGCCAAUAAGAAACAGCUUCUGAAUGUCUGUGUUUCGCUGCUGUACAGAGAGAGAGAGCGAGAGAGAACAGCGUAAUCAAGGUUAUUUAUCCGGACCUGCCUCACAGCAUUUCUAUACAAAUAACCAUCAACCUCUUGAGUCUCUCAACAAGGUAUACCUCAGUUGUACAUCCUACAAAUAAGUAUGUUUUCCUUUGUAACACUAAAACCACUACAGGACAUUGACAUUCAGAUGACAUGUUUGGUAUUGAAGCUUUUUCAAAUAAUGGAGUUUGCCAACAAGAUGGCCAUUCGCAAACAAGUGUUUCUGCCUUCUUCAUUUCUGUUUGUGUAUUUUUUUUGUGUAUUUUCUAUGUUGCCCCUGCUAUUCAAAUGUGACUGUGAGCAUUGUUGUUUUUACCAAAAUGUUUUGAACUUUUUAAACAUCCCUGAAAAUAUGAAAAUAUUUGAGGAAAAAUACUUUAAAGCACUUCCCUUUUUAGGUUUGCGGUGUCCACAUAAUAUUAAAUACGCAUGCCUUUUUUUGUUUAGUUUUUGAGCCUCUAUGUAAAAGUGUGACGCUAAUGCCGGUUGUUUGAAACCCUCUUUUGAUUUUAAACUAAAAUGUCUACAAUCCACUGUAACUGUAUUGCUCAUUCUCCCCGCCAUGUUUGUGGUGUUUUCUGUUCGUAGUCUACUAUUUUCACCGUAUUUCAAUACGUCUCAGGAAGCAAUACGUUACUCUACGAACCCCCCCCCCGCGUUUAGGCUCUGACUCAUUCUCGUGCCAUUAUUUUGGAUAACCUAGUCGAGGGGUGCAUACACAAGGUCUUUACGGCUUCUGUGGUUUUCAGGUAGGUGUCCAUUUAGACGGGUUAUCCAGAACAUGUCAGGUGUUCUACAUUGCGAAUGUAGCCAUCAUGAUAAACAAUCGAUACGUGUUCACCCUCAGUCUUGUAUUCUCCAUCACUAACAGCAUGUCCACCACUUUGGCUAUGUGCUACUGUAGACAACCCAUAACAGAUUCAAAUGGCCAAUUGUAGCUUUCAGAUUCUAACCAGAAAAAGGUUCUAUUAGUAGUCCUAUUCUAGUUAAACACUGGUGACUCAAUUCUAUGCUUCUCUCCGCCAGACAGAUGUAGUUAUAUCCUACCACAUGAAGAGAGACGUUCAGGGACAUAAUAACACCAUGCUGUUACUGUUUUCACUGGACACAAUCAAAGUUGGAAUUGACUGUUGCUUCUUGCCAUGGCACCAACUUUCUUUCCCUCUGUGUAGCUUUUGUUUUUAAAAUCAAUGUAAUCAUCUGUUUGUGUUUAUUCUCUUGACUUAAAACCAGUACAUCCUCUCUGGCAAGAACUGUAUGCCAACUCAAUAGUGCAACAACAUGUAAGUUCUGGAUUUAAAGCGGUCACGGCAUCUGUAGGACUAACACCGUGUAGCUCAGGGUUUCUUAUUCUCUGACUGACUGACAUCUAUGCUACUCUUGCUAUUCCUCUCUAACCAGAGCCACUCUGAUUCAGGAGUGUAGACACGGGGAGCCAACAGAAGAGCAAUCUUCAAAAACAGGGGGAGGCAGAUUUGCAACCGUUGCCAUUUUGAGAUGUACAAGAAGAAAGUCAAAUCCAAUCUGUUUGCAUCCAUAUUUUGUUCCACAAUAUCUUUUUAGGAACACUACUGCUGUGCAAAUACUCCAUCUCCCUAAACAGAUACUUCUCUCUGGCCUCAGAAGGUUUCUAGGAUUCUUUCAUGUCAAACAAGCUACUUCUAUGACACCGUCAUGUUCUUAAGGAGGCACACAUUGCAUGUCGCCUACAUUGUAGUAUACCCCUUAACAUAAGCCAAACCCCUCUAUGACAGCAGAUGACUGGAUGGAAAAUGCACAGUAUGUACAUAUGAAUGUUGUUUUAGAUAGUGAUUUUAGCAUGAGGUUGUUUUUAUGGUCUCAAAGUGAAAAAGAAAACAAUCCUUUAUCAUGUUAAUAAUAUUCCAAAAAAUAAUUUAAUGUUAAUUUUAUAUGUAAUUGUAUUGUAAAAAAAAAAAAACAUAUGGUUUUAUUAAUUUAUGUCAAGGCCCAGACAAUGCUCACUUCUCUUUCAAAGGAAAAAGUAUUGUUAUUAUAUAGGCUAGCAAAGACUCCCUGGAUUGGCUCAUUCAUUACCUCAGACCAAUCAGACAGACAUCCUAGCUGUCAACUCAACUUUCCCACAACAUUGACCAGUGUUGGCAGAUUGUAUGGUGUGACCAUAGACUUGUGUAGUUAACAGUGCUGUGGGGAUAUGAGAUUUGACAAGCUACGGAGUUUUUCUUUUAACAUUUUCUAUGUUAUGUUGACGCAUUAUUUUCGUCAUCACAACAGAAUUGUUGUCACUGUCACUGAGGUUUGUGUUACCUGCCGAUAUUCUCACCAUGGUCAUAAAUGGCCAUCCUGCUAUCGAAAUAAACAUGACAUCUUUUCCUUUGUUUUGCAAGUAUUUAACAAAACCGUUUCAGGGCUUGGUUGGAAGUGAUAGUUAAAUAUUGUACAGAAGACAUUUUAUGCCAUUUCUCCCCCUAAAAUAAAGUAUAGUGACUGCUCUGAACAA